GUAGUAUGUAAUCAAUUCCAAUAACGGAUAGUUGGUGGGUAGAGAGGCUGGAGUAAUGUUGUAAUGUUACGGCCUCGAAAAAUAUAACCUUGUCCCGGUCGCUUAUAGAUCUAAGAGCGGAGGCGUCCAGCGAAGACAACAAGAAAUACGGUUCAAGUUUGAGUAGUAUUUAGCCGUGGAGAAGAAAAGGGAACGGUCGUUUCAGAAGGGACCGAAAAGGAACUAUAAGAGAAUGGUGAUGUCAAGAUACUUUAAUCGAGAGUUGAGAGACUUUUAGACUCGUUAAAGGCUUAGGUAACUUUCUAGCUUCUAAUAAACUUAAUUUCACUUACCAAAACACAAACAUCUCUCUACUUGUUCUAGUCAUCUCGAGAAAUAUCUAAAAUAUUAUUGUUCUAUACCAUUCAAAAUGUCAACUGCAAUCGGACUACAGACUCCAUUACUGGCGCCUCUAUUGCCUAUAACUGGCACCUUCGCGCUACCCUUUUCCGCAUACUUCACCUUUCUAAGCUACCGAGUUGUCGCCCAUCGGCUCUCAGACAAACACUACCUUGGCGACAACUCAUCUAAGGAUGGCAACCCAAACAACAAAUUAUACUUGGCUACCCGAAGCCACCAAAAUUUCCUCGAGAACGUACCGCUAGCUCUUACCCUCGCAGCAUUCGCCGAGCUGAACGGCGGAAACCGAAGGACCCUUACCGCCAUUCUUAGUGCUCUCUUGACAUUCCGAAUCUUGCAUGUUGAAUUGGGUCUUAUCAAUGGAAUGGGAAUUGGUCGACCGAUUGGUUAUUGGGGUUCUCUGGCCACGAUUGGAACUCUAGGUGCUUAUGCUGCCUACCUCGUGAAGGGUUAUUGGGGUCUCUGAGGCGUUAAGUGAUUGAAGAAGUCGACUCCUGAUAGAUAUCGGGUUGAAAAAGAUCGAGAAAGUACUAGGGGACAUAUCAAUAUUCAUAUGCCACUGUAGCUACAUCCUUAAUAAGCAAAUAAAUCAUCUUGAAUUGAUGUAGAAUUUGGUGUUUGUCGAUUUUAAUUCCUUGGGCAAUAAAAUAAUUCUAUGUGACAGUUCAUUACAGGCCUUUCAGCGGCC